AUGAUGUGUCGGUUCUGGACAAAAUCAGAGGUGCUUAUGAAUGGCACGAUUAACAUUUCCUUGUACCGUUCCACUCGGAGUCGAUUGGCUGUGGCCGUUGGCGAUGUUCCGGGUCCAAUGGUGAAGGGUUGCAUCUCAUUUGUGACUGAAACGGAUUGUGAUGAUGGCCUACCCCAUACGUUGGAACAUCUGGUGUUUCUGGGCAGCAAAAAAUAUCCGUUUAAGGGUGUUCUGGAUAUGAUUGCCAGCCGUUGUUUGGCUAGUGGUACGAAUGCAUGGACGGAUCAGGACCACACAGCGUACACGCUUAGUACCGUAGGUAGCGAGGGUUUCUUCAAGGUGUUGCCUGUUUACCUUAAUCACCUGCUUUCACCGAUGUUAACAGUAAGUGUGCAACUUGGGAUAUUUGUGUCGAAGUCACAGUUUGCUACCGAGGUGCAUCACAUUAACGGAAACGGCGAAGAUGCUGGUGUCGUUUACAGCGAAAUGCAAGAUCAUGAAUCUGAGAUGUCCUGUAUGAUGGAUAGGAAGAAAAAGGAAGUUUUAUAUCCACCGAACAAUUGUUAUCGUGUUGAUACGGGAGGCCGUCUGCCAAGCCUUCGAACUACGUGUAACUUGGAUAAAGUACGUGGCUUUCACAGAAAGUUUUAUCAUUUGUCGAAUAUGAUGAUCAUUGUGGCUGGUAGGAUAAACCACGAUCGCCUUUUAAACACUAUUGAAGCUACUGAAGAGGAGCACUUACCAGACGUUCCGGCAACUUUCCAACGACCCUUUUCAAUCAACUUGAAGCAACCAGUUGAGUCAAGCGAGCAUCGUGUACUUUGCCCAAGUGAAGACGAAUCUCGUGGCAUGGUUUCCGAAUCCGUUUUAAGGUUUGGUUAUCAACCAACCGAUUUCCAAGAAGGAGUGGCAUUCGAAGUACUAUUUGAUUAUUUGUCGUACACACCAGUUUCUCCGUUGCAACGAGAAUUUGUGCUCAUCGAAAAGCCACUAGCUAGUUAUAUCAGCUUUCAUGUCACUGAACAGACUACAUGUCUCAUAGAUCUCAUAUUCUCUGGAGUUCCGACUGACCGUUUAGACGAAGUUAAAAAGAAAUUUAUGGACAUAGUAGUAAAAGAGCAUCUCGAAGACAAAACUUGGGACAUGGAACGAAUGGGUUUCUUGAUUGAUCAGAGCGUAAAGAAUGAAUUAAAGAAGAUGGAAAAAAAGCCAGCUACCGAAUUAUUUAAACAUAUGAUCAGCCAUCAAUUGUAUGGUGGUAAAGAGGAUCAAUUGAAAACUAGAGUAAACAAGUUAGAGUUGAUUCGUCGCCUUCGGUCCGAACCUGCAUCGUUCUGGUCCGGACUCGUAAAAAAGUAUUUUGUCAAUCCUCAUGUGGUCAUCAUUGGAGUGCCUAGUGAAAAGAUGGUUGCGGAGGUGGCCAAUGGAGAGAAAUCCCGCCUCGAAAUUCAGCGAAAGAAGCUUGGUGAGGACGGUGUUAAACAAUGUGGAGAACAAAUAGAAAUGGCAAUGAAAGAGAACACUUCGCGAAAACCUAGUACUGAAUUACUCGAUAAGAUGAUUGUGAAGAAACUCGAAGCAUUCGAUCGUUUCCCUGUGGAUGCUAGGUGCAACAUAGAAGGGCCGACACCAUCGCAAGAGAUGGCAAAAUUUCUUAAGCAGUUCCCAUUUCCGACAACAGUGCACAAUUGUCCGACAAAAUUCGUGGAAUUGUUUCUUCUUUUCGACUCGGGUAUAUUAACCAUGGAACACCGUGCAUAUCUACACCUUUACACUGAACUCUUGUUUGAGUCACCGGCUAUAAUUAACGGUGAGGUGAAGAGUGCAGAGGACAUUGCAAGGUUGUACACUAAGGACCUUGUUGAUCAUUCUGUGCAAGUCGGCUUGUCUGAUUGUUUCGAAAAAUUCCUUAACUUACGGAUAGUGGUAGACGCUGAAACCGGUUUCCCUCAUCUUGCAAAGUGGGCGGAAAUUUUCACGACUGGUAUUGUCUUCGAUAUACAACGUAUUAAGCAGUGUGCGAAGAAGUUGGCUAGUGAAGCUCGAGAGAAGAAACGCGAUGGAUGUAGUGUAGCUAGUAUCGCUCUGGCCUCAAUGCUGUACCAACAGAAUAGUAACGGACGUAUGUAUGAUGAACUUGUGUUGGAGAAAUUCCACGAGUGUGUGGCAAAAAUGUGCGACGCUCAACCAAAAGAGGUUAUACGCAAUAUAGAAGAGCUACGUUCGACUCUUUUCUCUCAUGGUGUCAAUGCUCAUAUCGUCUGCGACGUGAGUCUUAUCAACAACAAGUAUUUCAAUGUACAACAAUGGAGUUUUGCAGAAAAAAGCUUUGGAGCCUAUAAGAAGUUUAUGGUCGAAUCUGGUGAUACUGUGGAUGCGAAAUGCCUUGGCAAACAGAAGGUACUAGGCGUUGGGGGAUCCGAAUCGUCCUUUAUUUAUCAAACGUGUUUGAUGGACUGUGACUGGAAGAGUGAAGAACUUGUGCCAACUAUGCUGCUUUCGCAGUACUUGAGUCAGUGUGAGGGCCCAUUAUAUCGAGGUAUCCGUGGUGUUGGUUUGGCAUAUGGUGCAAAUAUUUUCGUUAAAGCGGAUCGUCGUACAAUUACAUUGUCGUUACACCGCUGUGCACAACCUGCACAGGCCUAUGAGAUGACAAAGAGGAUUGUGUCUGAUGUGUUGAAUGGCAAGACUAUUGUUGAGUCAGAAUUUGAGGCCGCUAAGCGUUCGCUUAUAUGUGAGCUCAUGGAACGGGAAGAAACGCGUGUGUGGAACACCUCUAUUGAUGAUAUGCUCCACUUAGGUGGUCAACGAAUUCGUAAUUUGUUUGAGAGCUAUACUCGCGCAAUUGCCGUUCAUCCUGCGAAACUCAGCGAAAUAAAAGCUGCCUUCCCUGGUAUUGAAGAGGCAAAGAUUGCAUCUCUGUCCUUAAUACCACCUCUUGCUGCCGAAGUGUGA